AUGGUUCGGCCAUGUUGUUACAUUAGAAGAGGAAAGAUUGGCAAAAGUUGGAAGCAUAGAUGGGAGGGCAGAGCCCAAGAGGAAGACCAAGGAAGACAUGAAAAAGCACCACCAGAGAAACCUUUAACAGAAGAGGGCUGGAAAGGGGAAAGAAAAGGAGGAUGGUCGAAGACAAAGAUUCUUGGAUCAUGCUCUACCUAA